UUGGACGUCUUGUUCUCUGUGGCGGUGAGCAGGAACAGCGACGGACCACGGAGCUCAGCUGUAGGGUGGGACUUUGAAGUGUUCGGAUUCCCAUUUCUACGAACAACAGCUAAAACUGUUGGUUUCACUUCCUCAGACCUGAGGGAGGACCUGACAUGCGCCAUAUGCUGUGAUCUGUUUCGGGAGCCCGUCAUGCUGUCCUGCAUGCACCACUUUUGCAAAUCUUGCAUCUCCAGAUACUGGAGGGGAGCCCACGGGCCUGUCACCUGCCCACAGUGUCGCAAGGAGUUCAGCUCCAAACAGUUCCAAACUAACUACCUCGUGGCAGCCAUGGUGGAGAAGGUCCGUGCCACCACUUCAAGAGCUCACAUCAAGAACCUCGAGAAAGAGCUGAAAGAGUCUUUGGAGAUGUACCGGCAGAGGAAGGAGGAUGUCUUCAAAAAUAUUUGUAAAGACAAAGACAAUAUGAAUAUCAUAAAGAGAGUUGGGUCAGAUCUGCAGGCCCGUGUCAAAGGCGAGUUCCGAGCCCUGCAUCAGAUCCUGCAGGAUGAGGAAACCUGCCUGCUGGAGCAGCUGAGGAGGGAGCAGGAGGAGGAGCUGGAGAAGACGCGGCGCCACCUGGAGGACUCAGAGGCGGCCAUGAGGGAGCUGGAGAACAAUUUGCGAGUGCUGGAGCAGUUUAACCUUGCCAUGGAGGACUUGACACCAGCUCAGCUCCCUCAGCUAAGACCCUGCGUGCAGGUGGAUGUGGCCCUGGAUUUUGACACAAAAGCUUUCAGUAGCAAAUACUGGGCUCCAUUACAGUACAUCACAUGGAGAAGGAUGUUCAGCUCCCUGAAGCAAGGGCCUUCCCCAUUAACAUUCGAUGUUGAGACAGCACAUCCGAGCAUCCACGUCUCCAGGGACCGAACGGCGGCGGUGGAGUGCGACGUCAUGACCCCGUAUACGAGCCACGGAAAGCGUUUCCUCCAGUGCGUCAACAUCCUGGCUGCCCAGGGCUUCCAGUCAGGGCAACACUACUGGGAAGUGGAAGUGGGCUCCAGCCCAAAGUGGGACCUGGGCGUGGCCUCGGAGGCAGUGGACAGGCACACGCGUAUCAAGCUGAGUCCGGAGAGCGGGUACUGGACCCUGCGGCUGCGCAACGGCAACGAGUACUCCGCCGGGACCCAGCCGUGGACGAGGCUGCAGCUGCGCUCGGCCCCGCAGAGGCUGGGCGUCUACCUGGACUGCGACGAGAGGAGGGUGUCCUUCUACGACGCAGCGGACAUGAGCCUGCUGUACUCCUUCAGCAACGGGCCGAGGGGGAAAGCCUUCCCCUUCUUCAGCCCCUGCAUCAGCGGCAGCCGAAACAAAGCGCAGCCCAUAAAGCUGCUGCACUACCCCGCCGCCCCCCUGUCUGCCUGAGCACAGCCAGAGCUCCCAUUCACACCUAGACCACAGAGCCUUAUCGGUCAGCGGUUAAAAGGCAGCAUCAUUUUGUCAUAUGACAUGAGCUUGAUUUUUAGCCUCUCUGUGCUGUAAUCAUUCUGAGGAGGCUCAUUAUGUUCAUAGUGUUCAUAGCUGCUCUGCCCAAUAAAGCACUGUUUUCCUGCUUUGAAACCACUAAGUGCAUGUACAAAUUUCCUCCAGGUGUAUUUGGGAGAUGUAAAUGAUUGAUAUUUUAGAUGAAAAUACUAUCCUUAAUCCUCUUAGACCAUCCUCAGUCUCACUCUUAGAAGUUUUUAAUUGCCUUUGAGUUUAAUCAGUACAAAGAAAAGGGGCACUUUACCACGCAGUUUUAUAUUUGAUAGGGUGAUUUGUGUUAUAUACUUUUAAGCUAAAGUAAUAUGGUUUUGACUGUUAGCUUCUCUGUUGGAUGUGAUCUGUUGAAGUCACAUGAAGAGCUACAGUUUGGAUUAAUUUCUGCAGAAGUGGGUUACUUUGAACACAUUUAUGUGCUUCAGUGUAAAAUGUGUUGUUCUUUCAUUGUUGUCUGUUGUGUGUUUUAAAUCUGUACACAUUGUAGAUUCAUCAUAAUCACUUCCUGGUUUAAAACCCAGCUCUUGUAAAACCCUCUGAUGGAAAUAAUAAACCAAGUAACUUUUUGGA